UUUGUGACUGAUUGUACUGUUUUUAUCCAGAUUAGCGUCGUUGCUUAUUUCUCUACUGGGAAAAUUACGAUAUACACUAAAUAUAAAGGCCGGGCAAACAUAGUGGUGGAUAUGGUGAAAGGAACAGCCAACCUGGAGCUCCAGAGCGUCACCAGUGCAGACACACGGGACUAUGAAUGCAAAGUUCAGGAUCCGGAAGAUGAAGAGGGCCGUUUGUCUGACAAGACCAAUCUCAUGGUCCUGGUGGCUCCAUCAAAACCCAUCUGCACUGUUGUCGGGAAGACAGAAUACUUCGAGAACAUCCAACUGAAAUGCCACUCUGAGGAGGGAAUGCCGUCACCAGUCUACAAAUGGGAAAGCUACAAUGUCAAUAACGUCCUUCGACCGCUGCCGCUCAAGGCCACUGACCAAAUCGGGGUUUUGUCACUUUUAAAUAUUUCCAUGGACACAUCUGGCUACUACAUCUGCACGUCCACCAACGAAAUCAAAUCUGCGAUGUGUAAUGUGACCCUGCGCGUCAAUCCACCGUCCAUGAACAUUGCUUCCACGGCGGGGAUCAUCGGGGCCGUUGUGGCCGUGGCUCUUGUUGUGGGAAUCAUCAUCUGCUGCUGCUGCUACUGCCGUCGCCGGAGGGAAAAGGCUGAGGAAUUUGCAAUGGUGAAGCCUGAAGGAGGAGAGUACACAGAUGAAGACCAUGAAAGGAAAGAGGACGACCGCGACGAAUACGUGAACUACGAGGAAGAGCGUCGACUGAAAAGUGCAGACCGACGUGAUCUACCUGAUGACCGCAGCGAGAGGAGCUACGAUCGCCGCAGCGACUACACCGAUCGAAAAGAUCAGAACACCGACAGACGAGACGAUCGCAGUGACCGCUCUGAAAGGUACGACAGAGACGACCGCCGUGACCGCUACAACGACGGCAGAGAACGCUACGAUGAUCGCAGAGACCGCUAUGAUGCCCGUGGCGACCGCUACGACGACCGCAGAGACCGUAUUGAUGAUCGCAGAGACCGCUAUGAUGACCGCUACGACAGCGACCGUUACUCCGACCGCAACGACAGUCGCGACAGACCGCCCAGCGUUCCACCGAAUAAACCCAAAGAACCGAAGUAUUGAGUUCAGCUGAUGCGGAGUCGAUCCUCAGAAAUAUACAGAAACAAGAGAAAAUGGAUAAAUAAUCCACUUUAACAAUUGUUUUUCAGUACCUAAUAUGCUGAAUAUGAGAUUUGACAGAAUAAGGGCAUGUUCACACUUGGCGUCUUUUUUGACAAGAAAAAGUUGACGAGCACUUUUUAGUAAAAUAAAAAGCUGGCUGUGUAUUGGUUA